AUUUGACGUCAAGUGACGUCACAGUGUUUUUAAGUCUGACAAAUUUUGCGACUCUGAUUAGGUAUUUUAAUUUUGCGUAUUGCAAAUAUUUGUUUUGAGAGCUUGCUCUCGCACUCCGCGUAAAUAUGUUAUUAACACGAAACGUUGUGAAGCGAACGCACUCCUUUUAGUUUUGUCAAAUUUGUUGUUGAUUGUGGUGUACCAUAAAAACAAUAUUUUAGAAGAACUAGACUAAAUAUUUUGCUAUUUAUUCUUUAGUGGAGUGUUGGAAUAACUUUCUUGGAUAUUUUUCUGUCUUCAUUUACUACAGAUGUGUAUUUAAAAAUGAAAAAUAUGUCUUUCGGAGGUCAGUGGCGCGUACUGCGACACUAUUUGUCUCUAACAAAUUUGAAUGCAGAAGCAGAAAAAUUAAUUCAAAAAAUUAAACCAGUUACACCAGAACAAUGGGAAAGGUUCCUGACGAAACUAGAAAAAGCGUUGUCCGUCCAAGUAAUAGAACAAAAUAAAAGUCAAGAAGUAAUAAAUUUAAAGGACAUUAGAGUCAAAGCGACCGCCAUCGAGGAAACUCACAAAACCGAAAAGUCUGACGAGAGGCAGGCCGGUGGACUCGGCAUCGGCUCAGAGGCAAAGGAAAUAACAUUCGAAAGCUUCCUUCAAGGGUUGAAGUUGAAAAAGGAUUUGCAUUUCGGCAAGCUAUCGGAGCCAAGUUGGAAGUCUAACAAGCCAACUGUUACGAAGACAUCGAUUCAUUCUCGGACUGCGUACGUCAUAUCCGCGAUCGUAACUGCUGAAACUUCAGAAUGCCUCAUGAAAAGAACGGAACAUUUCAUAGAUCACCUAACGCAGUAUCCUGAAGCCAGAGAUUACGCUAUCAAGGAAGGUGCGGUCAGGGCGUUAUUGCGCGUGGAAAACAAAUUAAACGAUGAAAUUGAAAUUGAUAAACAAGUAAAAGGAGUCGUUAAUGAGGCCCUCGCUCUGGUGGGCUACACGGGGCCCACUAAAGGACCGGGCCCUAACAUCCUAUCCCUGGACGGAGGUGGAAUACGAGGUCUGAUAGCCAUAGAGAUCCUAAAGCACCUCGAGAAGAUAACGGGAAGGAAAGUGCACGAGCUCUUCGACUACAUUAUAGGCGUUAGUACGGGAGCCAUCAUCGCUGCUGUUAUCGGCAGCGGAAUCGGGUCACUCGAGACCGCGAGUCAGAUGUACCGCACGCUGUCGAAGGAGAUGUUCGGGAAGACCUCGGUCAUCGGAGGCACCUCCAGGCUGGUCUGGACCCACUCGUACUACGACACCGAGGCCUGGGAGAAGAUGCUGCAGGAGAAUCUCAGGAACUGUACGCUCUCCGAGUGCAACCGGUACAACAGGCCGAAGAUCGCGCUGGUGUCGUGCGUGGUGCGCCCGGGCGCGGGGCUGAGCCCGUACGUGUUCCGCUCGUACUCGUGCGGGUUCCGCGUGCGCGCCGCGCUGCCGGGCAGCGGCCGCCCCGCGCUGUGGCAGGCCGUGCGCGCCUCCGCCGCCGCGCCCACAUACUUCCACGAGUUCACGCUGGACGGACUCAUCCACCAGGAUGGUGGUAUUAUGGUGAACAAUCCUACCGGGGUAGGGAUACACGAAGCCAGGCUACUAUACGGAGCGGAUGCCCUAAGGAAGGGCACCAUCAUAUCUGUAGGAACAGGGAAGGCCCUCAACAAACACGCGGAGAACAGGGGUCUGAGUAAGGGCGCGCCAAAGGACCCUGCAGGGACCAGUUGGAAGGAGAAGUUCAACAAGAUAUUGGAGUCCGCCACUGAUACCGAAGGAGUGCACCUGGUCGUGAGCGAGCUGUUGCCCCCGGGCUCUUACUACCGCUUCAACCCCCCGCUGAUGCAGGAGUGCGCUAUGGACGAGAUCGACCCUGAGAAACUGGCCAGUCUGCUCACAGACACCAAUGACUAUAUCAGACGGAACCAGCACAAGUUCGAGCGCGCGGCCGCGAUGCUGACCCGGAAGCGCGGCCUCGUGCAGCGCGCGGCAGACUACGUGCGGCACAAGCGGCAGAUCAUGGGCCUAGUCCAGGGGCACUGACAGUCGCCCGACCUCACGCGCACGGCCGGAAACCCAACGAGUCGCCAGUGAGGUUGUUGCGACACAGAUCAAUAUAGGGUUUGUCGCACUCUAUUAUAUAGCCUGUCUCUUUCUCGCUUGAGCCGCGGACAUAAGCAGACACACUAUAGUCUGUCUCUUUCUUGCUUGAGCGACGGAUACACUAUAGCCUGUCUCUUUCUCGGUUAUAGGAGGACCGACGAGAGUGAAGGGAACAGAUGUAGGUAGGUCUAAAAAAAUUCAAUGUACGCUUGACUGUUUGUUAUUACGUAUAGUGUUCAUUAUUUAUUGUAUAAGUUAUGUAGUCUUACUUAUUGUACCCCUUUCCACACUUAUAUCUGAAUUUGACUUUAAAAAUCUUUCUCUUCUCCUUGUGUCCGCGAUGGCAAUACAGACACCAUUUUUAUUUUAUUACUAGCUGACCCGGCAAACGUUGUUUUCCCAUAAACAGUUUGCCUAGGAAAAUUUUUUUUUGAAAGAUCACUCCAUAAUAUUUAGGGGUAUGAAAAAUAAAUGAUGACCGAUUCUCAGACCUGAUGUGCACACAAAAUGUCACGAGAAUCGCUUGAGCCAUUUCAGAGGAUUUUGGCAACAAACAACGCGACACGAGAAUUUUAUAUUACGACACGAGAUUAUUGUCAAAUUCGUAUGACGUUUUUGUUAAUUGAACAUCUGUGUGCUUAGUGCGAGUUUUUUAACGUUCUAGAUAGCGUAAAAGUUAACUCAAAUUUGUACGGAGUUUUUUUUUUAUUGCCUUUGUAGGCAGACGAGCAUACGGCCCACCUGAUGGUGAGUGGUUACCGUCGCCCAUGGACUUCAGCAAUGCCAAGGGCAGAGCCAAGCCGCUGCCUACCGCAGCGCCAACAGCGCCCCUAUCGGCAAACGUAGGCAAACGUUCCAACUCCAUACAAAUUUGAGUUAACUUUUACGCUAUCGAGAACGUUAAAAAACUCGCACUAAGCACACUGAAGGCGAUAUUAAAAAGAACAAUCGCCUCUUUAGAGAUAUUUAAACUUAAAGCUUUUUAAAUUGGUAUUGUGACGUUCUGAUGGUAGAAUGCACCGUUGCUUUGGUUCGGAUGUCGGGAAAACCGUCAUACGAUUGAGACUUAUUGAGGCUCGGACCUCAAGUCUCAAGCCGUGAUGUCUACCGCAUCCGGCACGUAUCAAGUGCAAUAAAAAAAAUGCCAUUUUUCGUUUGCAUUUGAUGCUGUCUGUACUCCUUCUAGUCAUGUAAUAAAAACUCGAUUAUUAGAUAUUAGGUAUAUAUAUAUAAUAAUAUAUAUCGACGCUUGAAAAGCAAACGUGACUAAGCGACAAUGCGUGAACUUUACAGUAGACUAAUUUAAAGUUGAAAUACCUGAAAAAAAUAUAUUUUAAUAAAUAUAGCCGUAGGGAUGAAAUGAUUUUAAUAGACCUAGAAAAAUAUAUAUUUUUUGCGCAUCGAAUAUGGUUAUUGCCUAUCAUUUAUGUAUAAAGCAGUUAUUGUCGCUUAGUCACGUUUGCCUUUCAAGCGUCGAUAUGAAAUUGUAAUAUUUUGUUCAUAUCAUGUAACUUUUGACGGUAGACAGCGGCUUGGCUCUGCCCCUGGCAUUGCUGGAGUCCACGGGCGACGGUAACCACUCACCAUCAGGUGUGCCGUAUGCUCGUCUGCCUACAAGGGCAAUAAAAAAUAAUAAUACUUAAAACCUAUCUUAAUGAGCGUAGCUUGUUUUAUAUAUAAAUGAAUAGAUGCUUUUUUUUAGAAUCUACACUAUACAUACUCCAAUAUGUAUGGGAGAUUUUUGUUUUCAAAUUACUGGCAAACCUAUGAAACUAGUCUUUAGAUUGUUUAUCGGUAAAACCGCCUUUGUAAUUGGCAAUACUGUUCUCGGAAAUUUGUGGAAACUGAGAAAUAUAAAAUACUUUUUUGUUUUUAAGCUAGCAACAUUAUUAUUGUUAUUUUUCGCGUAUAUUAAUAUUUAUCAACGAACAUCGAAGCGCGCUUUUUAAGCACUUAAUUAAAAUGUAAAUGUUAAUGUUUAUUAAAGAAUUUUAUCUACUUUAAGAUUAUAGCUUGCAGUUCUGGGUAAGACCUGGGAUAUUGUAUAGAUGAUUUAUAUUUUGAAUCAAGUUAAACAGAAGAUAGUCAAGUUUACUGGUGGUAGGAUGUCUUGUGAGUCUGCACGGAUAGGUACCACCCUGCCUAUUUCUGCCGUGAAGCAGUAAUGCGUUUCGGUUUGAAGGGCGGGUCAGCCGGUGUACUGUAAAAGUAAGACCUUAGAACUCAUGUCUCGAGGUGGGUGGCGGCAUUUAAGUUGUAGAUGUCUAUGGGCUCCAGUAACCACUUAACACCAGUUGGGCCGUGAGCUCGUCACCCAUCUAAGCAAUAAAAAAAAAGAAUGGUCAGUGGCUGACAACCAUAUAGAAUAAGUCCAAAUGUGAUAGUGAUUUUAUUAUUCGAAUAAUUUUUGAUUUAAAAAAAAUAGGUAAUAUAUGUGCAUGUUUAUUUGAGUGAAUAAAAAAAACAUUUAUGAGUCAUCCCUAAUCAAGUAGAACAGUUUAUUGCAAACACUAACUUCGUUCCCUGAAGACAAAAGGCGUAAUGAAUAGGUGGAGUGCCUUUAUUUAGAAGGGAAAUUAAUUUUUUAUAGAUUAAAAAUAUAUAUAUAUAUAUAUAUUAAUAUGUUUGUUUUCGUGGACCGUCAGUCCUAAUGCAAGGACGUCGGCCACUAAGCGCAUCAGUUGGACUCUGAACGUAUUCGUAUCGUAUCGGUACAUAAAUGCAUACAUACAGACGUAGGUACUACGAAAAUUGCAAACUCUAAUUUUGACAACCCUAUAUUUUUGUUGCCAUCGUAAAAGGAAUCAUCUAGUGUUUGCCUUUGUUUUGGGCACGAUUCUUUACAGCCUUUCAAUAAAUAAUACAUAGUGGGCUCAUACUUCAGUGACGUGUAAAACGAAUAAUCGAUUUUGAAUCGAUUUAAAAAUGAAUAAACAAUAACGACUUUAUUAUUGUUUGUCAUUGAAGAAUAUCGUGAUACGCGAAUGAUUUGAAAAUUUGUUUUUUUUCCUUGUUAAGUUUAAAUUAAAUUUAGAUGUAGAUACGAAUAGAUUAUUGAAUGUAGAUUUUGUAGUUUUGUUUAUAGCUGUGAUAAAUUAAUAAAUGAAAAUAAUUAA